AUGCAGCGUUUCAGAGAAGGUAUACACAUACGCACUAUGAAGGCCAAGAGAAAAGUGGAGGAGAUCUCCAAGGAGGACAUCCUGACUUUCCUGAAAAAGAAUGCCUUUGUACUCUUCACAGUGGGUGCAGUUGUCAUAGGAAUUAUUCUGGGAUUUGCAUUGCGUCCCUAUAAAAUGUCAUAUCGAGAGGUAAAGUAUUUCUCUUUCCCUGGAGAGCUAUUGAUGAGAAUGCUGCAGAUGCUUGUUCUACCUUUAUUGGUCUCCAGUCUAAUAACAGGAAUGGCAGCAUUGGACAGCAAAGCCUCAGGCAAAAUGGGAAUGAGAGCUGUGAUUUACUACAUGACCACUACGUUUAUUGCCGUCUUUAUUGGUAUCCUUAUUGUCCUCAUCAUCCACCCAGGAAAAGGAUCUAAAGAUGAGUUUGGAAAGCAACAGAUGAUAGAAGAAGUCAGUCCUGCAGAUGCCUUUUUGGAUCUGAUCAGAAAUAUGUUUCCUCCAAACCUGGUCCAAGCUUGCACUCAACAGUUCAAAACCAAAUAUGGAAAACGAGUCAUUCACGUGACUGUGACGAUGAACGACACCCUCUUUAAUACGACCAACGGCACACAGGAGGUCAUGGAAUUAACCCGAGAGGAAGUGAUCCCGGUACCUGGUCAGGUGAACGGCGUAAACGCUCUUGGGUUAGUGGUUUUCUCAAUGUGUUUUGGCCUAAUAAUUGGCAACAUGAAGGAGCAAGGCCAACUCCUGAGGGAUUUCUUCGACAGCCUCAAUGAAGCGAUCAUGCAGCUGGUUGCCAUCAUCAUGUGGUAUGCUCCUAUUGGUAUCCUGUUCCUCAUUGCAGGAAAAAUAGUGGAGAUGGAUGAUCUUACGCAGAUGGGUGGCCAGUUGGGCAUGUAUACCAUCACGGUCAUCAUUGGGCUAAUGAUCCAUGCCAUUCUUAUUCUUCCCACUCUGUAUUUUGUCAUCACUCGGCAGAACCCUUUUAUUUUCAUUGCCGGGCUUGUACAAGCUCUUGUCACAGCGCUCGGCACCUCUUCCAGCUCAGCCACCCUCCCAGUCACAUUUAAAUGUUUGGAGGAGAACAACAAAAUCGACAAGAGAAUUACUCGUUUUGUUUUACCUGUGGGAGCCACUAUCAACAUGGAUGGCACUGCUCUUUAUGAGGCGCUGGCUGCCAUUUUUAUUGCCCAAGUUAAUAACAUGGAGAUGAACUUUGGGCAGAUCAUCACCAUCAGUAUUACAGCAACCGCCGCUAGCAUCGGAGCUGCCGGUAUUCCACAAGCUGGCCUGGUCACUAUGGUGAUUGUAUUGACCUCUGUCGGACUUCCUACUGAUGACAUCACUCUGAUCAUUGCAGUAGACUGGUUCCUGGACCGUCUGCGUACCACCACCAACGUUCUGGGGGAUUCGAUCGGGGCGGGCAUCAUAGAGUUCCUCUCUCGGAACGAGCUUCGCAGCAAGGAUGUGGAGAUGGGAAAUUCAGUGCUGGAAGAGAGAGAGAGGAAGAAACCUUACAAGCUCAUUUCACAGGAUUGUGAUUUGGAAAAUGACAAACGUGGCCACAAUGAAUCGAGCAUGUAG